AUGUCAUCUACGCCUGUAUCUCCGUCAAGCUCAACCGCAAAUGACUCAAGUUAUACGGAAAAUAGCAGCGUGCCUGAUGCAUAUGAUGGAGUGGCAGUGGUAGGAAUGGCCUGUCGUGUUGCCGGGGGUGUUGAGAGUCCCGAGCAACUUUGGAAGUUCUUACUUGCCAAGAAGGACGGAGCCAGCGACAUUCCUCCUGCUCGAUGGGAGCCAUAUUACAACCGAGACCUUCGAAACAAACCAAUUUUGAACAAAGCGACCACUGCGGGAUAUUUUGUCGAGAAUCUAGACGAUUUUGACCCUCAGUUCUUUGGUAUAUCUCCGAAUGAGGCUAGACAAAUGGAUCCACAGCAGCGUAUCUCACUUGAGGUUGCUUGGGAGGCAUUGCAGGAUGCCGGAAUUACUGCAAAGUCCCUGAGAGGAAGCAGUACCUCCGUCUUCUGGGGGGUUAACUCAGACGAUUAUUCCAAGCUCCUCUUAGAAGACCUCCCGAAUGUCGAUGCCUGGAUGGGAAUUGGGACAGCUUAUUGUGGAGUCCCGAAUCGUAUCUCAUACCAUCUCGACUUGAUGGGACCUAGCGUUGCAGUUGAUGCCGCCUGUGCAUCUUCUCUUGUCGCUGUCCAUCAUGGUGUCUCGGCCAUUCGGGCAAGGGAGUCAAGCAUGGCUAUCGUUGGUGGGGUGAAUGCACUUUACGGACCUGGCCUCACUACGGUCCUACAAAGAGCCGGCGCAUUAGCACCCGAUGGUCGCUGUCGCUCCUUUGAUGAUGAAGCUGUGGGCUACGGCCGUGGAGAGGGAGUAGGAGCUGUGGUUCUGAAAGACCAUGCCCAGGCUAUACGAGAUGGCGACUGCAUUCUUGGCAUUAUCAAGGGAACGGCUGUGGCUCAUGAUGGCAAAACAAAUGGAAUUAUGGCCCCAAAUGCUGCGUCACAGGCUUUGGUUGCAAAGAAUGCACUGCGUGUCAGCAACUUGGAAGCUAGCAGCAUUCAGUAUGUUGAAGCUCAUGCAACCUCGACACCACUAGGUGACCCAACGGAAGUUUCAGCGAUGAGUUCUGUGUAUGGAUUAGAUCCUUCCAAUCCGUGUUUUAUCGGCAGUAUAAAACCGAAUAUUGGACAUUUGGAGGCGGGUGCCGGAGUCCUGGGCAUGAUUAAAGCUGUUCUUGCUGUUGAAAAGGGAAUUUUACCUCCGCAGGCCAACCUCAAAACCCUUACGAUCUUACAUACCGGGAAAUAUCAUAACGCACCAGGACUCGUUUCCUUACAGAUGCAUUCUUCAUUUAUCAUGCAGCGCUAA